UAUUUACAGUAACAAAGCAAGUCAGUUAAAGAACAAAUUAUUAUUUAUGAAGACAGCGUACCACUGGCCAAACCCGGACAAUGCUGAGCCAAUUGUGCGCCUCCCCAUGGGACUCCCAAUCACGGCCGGAUGUGAUACAGCCUGGAAUAGAACCAGGGACUGUAGUGAUGCCUCUUGUGCUGAGAUGCAGUGCCUUAGACAGCUGCGCCACUCGGGGAGCCCCAUAACAGAGAUGGUAACAACACAGUACAUUUGCAAGAGGGACAACUAGUUACUAAAGCUAGCGCUGUGAUUGGAGCGUUUUGCUUCCGUAGCUGCGCAGACACGGAGAACCUCGCUGGAGCUGUCAUCUGGAAAGGGAGGAGAGGAACAGAAGAGAAGAACAAAAUAAACGCAGCGAGGACGCGAACACUCAAGAAAGAGUCAGAAGCUGUCUUCCUGGUGAAGCCAUAUGAUUGGCUGAAGCAGAACUUCUCUGUCUGUGAUUGGUCAUCGAGGGUAGACGCUGUGAUUGGCUGAGAAGUCCAAACAUGGACCCACACCAUCCUGGGGUUACCAACAAUCCUUAGCUCUACGGAGGCCCUGCCUCUUCGGUGAUGAUGUCAAUAGACGUGGCCAAUAGGAACGGCCCUGCCGUGACCCCUCCCGCCUCCCUCAGCCUUCGCUCCUCCCACAAUCGUGAUGUCAGUGGCGGUGAUGUCACCAGGCUGGGUUGGGCCACGUUUCCUAAGUGCCGUAAGAAGUAUUGUCUGACCAGCAUCCAGAAUGCAAUGGGGCUGAGUGCCGUAACUCCGUCGUCGUCGACUCCCAACAACCCCGAACUGGCCAAGAACGGGCUGAACGCCCUGCGCAAAGCAGCCGAACGACAUGGACAACAUGACCACAACAAGAACACAACCCCUGACCCCGACUCAACCACAGAGGACUGCAAUACAAACAAUGAAACGGUCAAUGAGGACAUCCUCACCAAGAUGAACCUCGACCCCGACACCAAGACACAUCUGGACCUGAAAACUAACGUGAACUCAGAUCUGGAAAGCAUCACGAAUGUGACAGACGACGGGGAUGACAUCAGCAUCCUGUCUGAGAAGGAAGUUGAGAUGAAAAUAGAGGAGGAGGAGGAGAGGAGUAGUAUAGAUGAGGAAGAGGAGGAGAGGAUAGAGGAGGACAAGGAGGAGAGGAUAAAGGAGGAGAGGGGUAAAGAGGAGGAGAGCAUAGAGGAGGAAGAGGAGGAGAGGAGGAUAGAGGAGGACGAGGAGGAGAGGAUAGAGGAGGAGAGGAUAGAGGAGGAGAGGAUAGAGGAGGAGAGGAUAGAGGAGGAGAGGGAAGAGGAGGAGAAGAUGGAGGAGGAGAGGAUAGAGGAUGAAGAGGAGGAGAGGGAAGAUGAGGAGAAGAUGGAGGAGGAGAGGAGGCCUCUGUUGAAGAGUGAGAACCAGGUCAAAGCUCCAGACCAGGGGAGCCACCCAGACCCCAGCUUUAGGCUCCUCAAAUCGGUUAAAGACUCUCCGUAUCCCCCUCCUCCAUCCACACCCAGACAAAGCAGUCCUGAAGAAACCCCUCCCCUCCCCUCCUCCUCUCUUCUGAGGCAGAAGGAUAGUGUUGUAGAGGUGAAGACAGACUGUGUUGUAAUCAGGAUCCAGGACAUGAACUCUCCUGGCGGGUCCUCUCUGUCUCAGGAGAACACCUCACCUCCCCUCCCAGAUAUCUGGAGUGAUCAUCGGGGCUGUCAGACAGAAGGGGACCUUCCUCCAGGAUGGAAGAGGAUUACAGACAAGGCUGAUAUCUACUACUGGCAUAUCCCUAGUGGAGCCACACAGUGGGAGAGACCAGCGCCCAGAGCCCCUCUCACCAGACAGGAGGGCUCUGGCCUGGGGGACACCACCUCAGCCUCCCCACCUCCAGACCACCAGCCUCGCUCAUCCUCUCUACAUGGACCUGAUCAUUCUGAACCUCACAUGGAAGAUGUCAAGAAGCAGCUGGGGGAUGUUGGAGCUGUGAGUGGGGGAAAGAUUGAUAGUAAGGUUUGGAAGGACCUGCAGGCGGCCACGGUGAACCCUGACCCCAGCUUGAAGGAGUUUGAGGGAGCUACGCUCAGAUAUGCAUCGCUACGGAUCCCUCUCCCACUGAAAGAGGAGGAGUCUAACAGUGACCCUGAGGCCAAGUGUUUUGCGGUGCAGUCUCUGGGUUGGGUAGAGAUGGCAGAAGAGGACCUGUCGCCAGGGAAGAGUAGCGUUGCCGUUAACAACUGUAUCCGACAGCUAUCCUACUGCAAGAGCAACAUCAGAGACUCGGUCGGCAUCUGGGGAGAGGGUCAGGACAUGUAUCUGGUUCUGGUGAACAACAUGUUGAACCUGGUUGAUCCUACGGACCGUUGUCUUGGCAACGUGCUUCAUUCUCAGCCAAUAGCAAGCAUUCGUGUCUGGGGGGUCGGACGUGACAAUGUCAGGGACUUUGCGUACGUAGCCUCCAGGGAUAAGGACACCAGGAUUCUGAAGUGUCAUCCACCUCAUCUCUCUAGUUGUGACACUCCAGCUAAAGCCAUCGCUACCAGCCUCCACCUCAUCUGCUCUAGGAUCAUGUCGGAGCGCAAGCAUGCUAAAGAGUUAUCAGGGGCGUUGUCAGGGGGCGUGUCUCUACACGACAGAAUGCAGUCAGGACUAGACCUCCCACUACAAGAGUUCCCCACUCCAAAGACUGAGUUGGUCCAGAGAUUCCGGCUGCUGUAUCUGGGAAUGAAGCCAGUAGACAGACCUAUAGGUAUGGACAUAUUGAACGGGGCCAUAGACAGUCUGAUUGGUUCUUCCAGUAGAGAAGAGUGGAAAGCUGUUAACCUCAACGUGGCCGAUGCUACCCUCAUUAUCAGCAACCACCAGGUGAAGGAGGAGGUGAAGGUGGAGGAGGAGGUGGAGGAGGAGGUGUUGGUAGAGUGCAGGGUGAGGUUUCUGUCCUUCAUGGGAGUAGGGAGGGACAUCCACUGCUUUGCCUUCAUCAUGGACGGAGGAGGACAACGCUACGAGUGUCACGUGUUCUGGUGUGAACCCAACGCUGGACAGCUCUCUGAGGCCGUACAGGCUGCGUGCAUGUUAAGGUAUCAGAAGUGCCUGUUGGCUCACCCACCCUCCCAGAGACCCCUCCCCUCCUGUGGCCAUGGCUCCUCCUCCCUGGGCAGCGGCGGUGGUAACCGCGGUAACGGCGGUGUGAAGAGAGGAGUGCUGUCCCUCAUCGACACUCUCAAACAGAAGGGACCGCUGCCCCACCAGAGUAACCACGGAAACUAAACUAACAUCGUGACUACGACCGCACACCCCGGUAACUAUGGGGGAAAAAACAACGCUGCACCUUGCUAACCGUGGAAAUCACUACUCUAACCCGGUCGAACUAUGGCAGCCAAACGUAGACCUCCUCCCAUCACCUCAACACAGAACUGUCUACCAGUCGGUGAUCACCUCAACACAGAACUGUCUACCAGUCGGUGAUCACCUCAACACAGAACUGUCUACCAGCCGGUGAUCACCUCAACACAGAACUGUCUACCAGUCGGUGAUCACCUCAACACAGAACUGUCUACCAGUCAGUGAUCACCUCAACACAGAACUGUCUACCAGUCGGUGAUCACCUCAACACAGAACUGUCUACCAGUCGGUGAUCACCUCAACACAGAACUGUC